UGUGAGGGAAAACAGAGGGAUUUUGGCCCAGUUGAGGAUUAUAGGGAUAAGAUAGAAGGGAAUGUAGAGCGGUUGGAUGGAUCUCCAACAGCACGAUUUAAGGUGUAUGUAAGGUCGAGGGAUUCAGAGACAUCUCCGAUGGGGCUUGAAAUCUCUGAGAGUCAUAGAAAUUGAUCUUAGUUGGUUUUGAUGAAGAUGUUGGGAAGGAUCAGAAGAUAAAACUAAAUAAGAUCCUGCUUAAGAGUGAUUAUCAAUUAGCUCUUAGAGAGACUUCAAGCAAGCCUUCUCACUCAAGAAGGAGCAACGGUCAGCAGAAGAGUAUGACAAAGUCCUGAGGAAAUACGAAGACCAACUACUGGUCUUCUAAAGUGAGCAGUUUGCAAGAACAAUCUCAAAAGAGACUAAUGGGCGAUGGAAUCCCUUUGGUUCGAAGCUUACUUCCUAGUAACGAGAACGGCAACGGAGGGAUUUUACAUAAACAAGAAGUCAGCCUAAUCAACUUUCUGAUUGAGAAAUCAAAGCAAGAGGCAAUGGUUCGCAAGCGGCUCCCUCGGUCAAACCGGAAGGUUUCUCCUGAAGUGUUAUUUUCAAAAAUUGAGAGUGAAGCAGAGCACAUAAGCCACAGGAAUAUCUAUAAAAAUAACUCACUUACCAAAAGGAAUACUAAUUUGGAAAAUCAAGUCAAAAACCAGGAUUUAUGUAUAAAUUCUCGGAAUAAGUCUGCUUUUGGAACAUACUUUGAGAGAAUUCUUCAAAAGUAUAAAUCUAGGAAAGACCAACUUCUCAGCAAGAAGAAGAAUCUGUUAUCCCAUUACAAGCUGUAUAAGAAGAGGAACAAGAGGAAUUCAUCAAGGCUUUCCACUAAUGAGUAUUGCCAUGAAGGGAAUAAUUCCAUUAGUUUGUGGGUGAAGAACACCUCCAAUAACUCAAAAUCAAGGCAGAAAAGAAGCAAAGAGAGAUGCCAUUCUGACCUGGCUUCACGACUAAAUCACUCAAAAGUUCCAGUAAGUUUACAGAGUUCUUUUGGCAAUAAGAGAGUUCAGAAGAAACAGCCUAAAUUCUCGUUGAAAUAACAUGAAUGGGCUUAUCUCCCAGCGAAGAUUGGUGUUUAAUCAGUCUAAAAGAGAGAACGAAUCAAAGAGAAAUCUCUGUGCCCCAUUGAAGAAGGUAAAUCUGAGUAUUUGUGGCAUUAAAGAAGAUAUCUCAAAAGUUCAUGAAGAAAAUAAGCACUCUUCCGACAUAAACCUGUUGGGAAAUCUCAGGAACAGCAUGGAUCUCCUAGAUGUUAUUGAUGCCCCUGAUAUAUCAGGAGCGACAACACAAAGGGAUUCAUAUAACUCUUCUCCUGAGAGGAAAAAGAUUUUCAGCAAGCAUGAUACCCAAAAUUUUGAAAAAUCUUAUUUUUAA